AACUCCUAUGUCUGUAAUUUCCAGCUUAUCGACUCGAAUUCAGCUGUAGUUGCAAACGUCCCCGACACAUCGACACCUCCGCCUCAAGAAUGAAUGCUCCAAAUCGUUUUGAGCUCUUUGUGUUGGACGAUGGCGAAAAGCCGGUAGAGGUCUCAGAAGACACUAAAAUUCCUAAUGCUGCCACCUUCAAAAUCAUGAAGCAGGACCACACCCUCGGGAAUAUGGUCCGAGCGUAUGUUCUUGCCAUGCCCCAAGUGCUUUUUGCUGGAUACAAAGUUCCACACCCUCUUCAUCCCUAUUUUCUCCUGAAAAUACAGACGGACGGCACUGUUACGCCACAAGUCGUACUGGAACAGGCGUGCACGAAAUUGAUAGGGUCGUUAUCUACCUUGGAGGCUAAAUUCAAGCGUGAAUUCUCUUUCAAGGAUGUGGAAGGUGCGGUGACCGAAGACCCAUAUGGUACCACUGGUACGAGUGGGCAGCCUUGGGGAUCUGGGAGAGACUACUUGGAUUUCUAGACACCUUGUUAGUUACGUUGUGUAUAU